AUGGUAGAACACGCUAGUUUAAUUUCCGAAUUUAGGAGUAUAGUUAAUUGUAAUGAACAAUUAGCUCAAUUCUAUUUAGAAGCUAAUAAUUGGGAUUUAGCUGGUGCUUUAACCGCUUAUUAUGAAAACCCUCCGCCUAGUAGUAGUAGUGAUAUAGACCAAGCAACAAAUACUGCUUUUGGAUCAAAUCAACAAGAGUCUCAAGCUUCUUCUUCUACACAAAAUAAUCCUUCAAGCUCCUCAAGAAAUAGUGGAAUUUUUAUGCAAAAUCCAAACGCAAAGCCAAUCAAACAAGCAAGUUCUUUAGUUACCGAUAUUUUGAAAAAAGCCACAGAAGGUAGUCGUGCUCAUACAGAAGAACCUGAAGUUGCUGCGUCAUCUUCUACUUCUUCUCAAGUUUUCACCGGACCAGGCUAUAAACUUGGAAGUGAUGAAGAGCCAUCAACUAUUAUUCCAGGCACUUCUUCUGACAACAACACUGAAGAAGAAGAACCAGUUCGUCAUUUAACUUUCUGGAGGAAUGGUUUUAGCGUUGAAGAUGGUCCUUUAAUGGCUUAUGAUGAUCCAGAAAAUCAAGAAUUUUUGAAAGCUAUUAGAAGCGGGCGUGCCCCCUUGUCAUUACUAAAUGUUAGUCAAAAUCAACCAGUCGAUGUACGAGUUUCACGUAGAUUAGAUGAAGAUUACAAACCACCACCAAAGAAACCUACCAGACCAUUUUCUGGAUCUGGACAAAGACUUGGCAGUAUACGAGAAUUUGAAGUUGACGAGUCACUGCCAAUCACAUCACUUCAAAUACGUUUAGCAGAUGGAACAAGGAUGCUUGCUAGGUUUAAUCACACACAUACUGUUAAUGAUAUUCGAAAUUUUAUUAAUGCCUCACGAGUUGGAGAAGCACAACGAAAUUAUAUAUUACAAACAUCAUUUCCAGUAAAUGAUUUAAAUGACGGAUCACAAACUUUAGAAGAUGCAUCACUUCUUAACUCUGUGGUUAUUCAGCGAUACAUUUAG